AUGAAAAACAACUUGGAAAAACAAUUCAUCGUCAUGAAUAAAUUUGAAAGAUUUACAAUGAUGGGGAGAUAUUCACAAUUUACGUUAAAAAUUAAGAGACUUCAUCUAGAAUCAGACAAUAAACAAAAGUUAACGGAACAUAAACACGUAGUGGGAGAAAAUAUCGAAUCAGUCGAAGAAAGAAAAAUGGCAGCGACGCAACAUUAG